AUGGGUCAGACUGCAACCAAAGAAUCUCCUGACGAGUUUCUCCCGCCGGUUCAAACGCGGGAGGAACUUUACGAGAGAUUUAAAUGGUGCCUCUGGAAAGAUUGUCUGGGUGAUGCUAAGCAUGAAUGGUUCCAAACCAUUUUCCCGAUCUUCUGUACCGAGUCGGAAUCGGAGAAAUUCUGGACGGUGUCAGACCUGCAGGAAUUCAUGGUCAGCACCUUUCCUCCGGAGUUACGAGCGUGUGUCCGUGAAGCUGCCCCAAUUCUACAUCGCUGCCUCCUGCGACUGGGAUCGUUUCCGUACCACAACGAUCCACACCGUAUUAUGUCGCAGGACGUCCUGCGCACAGGAAUGAUUAUGCUGUUAAGAUUGAAUGGAGGCCAGCUCCUUGAACAAGAUGACGGCAAAGCAUCACUCAUCUACCCUGAUCGUCUCAAUGCCGCACAACGCACCUUAUUGUUUCAGAGCAUGGCAGACAUGCAAGCAACUACCACUGAUACACCUCGCAAUGUGGAAGAUGACUUUCAUCUUCAGAAAGCGCUCGAUCUAAUUACUUUUGGUAACUUCAGGCGCAAUCCCUUGUUUCCGACCGCUGUGACCAAAGGGCCUGCGUAUCCUCCUGCUGAACAUUUUCCGUCGUCCAACUCAACAUGGACGAAUGGGUUGAUCCCGUUGAAGGACUUUAGACCUUUGCUCCGCCUGAUGCUUCUUACACAGUUGCAUGUAGGCGGUAUUGAACCGGAUGAAUUCGCCUGUUGUCUAGCGCAGGUUGAAACUGUGACAGACCGCCUGUUGGCCGCAUUUCACGACCGAAGUGCAGCGGAUUUCACAGGUGUAUCGUUCGCUGCUUUUGACCAAGUGCUUGACAGAUCACUGCAAAACCUUUUCUUGGGACUGCCCCGAGUCUUGGGGCCAUUACACUCGGUCAAACCCUUGCGGUCUGAGAAGCCCCCAUCAUCUGUUAGAGAAGCACAGAUUCUGCUCAGGGAACUGUUUGCUCCUUCAAUCAAGACACAGCCUCCUCCAGAGGGGCUGAUCACAAAUCUCCCCGUCCUAAGUCAGCUCUCAAUGGCUUUGCCCCAAGACUUUCCCAUAGAAGCAGAAAAGAGAAUUUAUUCUUCUCGGGAUAUAGAUAUUCGACAGAUAGCCAAUUGCGUGUCCCUGAUCAGCACAGCGAAAGUUAUGCUUGUGUCAGGCAAGAGUGCAUCGGAAUCUGUCAUCUUUGGCGCAUAUUUUCCCAAAGGCUUUUCACUCAGCGGUGUUGCCAAGUCAAACCUCAUUUUCCAGCUUGCGCCAGUUCCCAGAGUCUUCUAUAACUCUGAAGAGAUGUCGCAGAUGAACCCAGACUUGUCUACAACAGACAGUCGAUCGGAAGUCUCGGUGAAGGAUGACGUCCUGGGCGUCAUUACUCUGGCGUUGCAGUCGGACUCGACAGGCAUCUUUACAGCGGAGCACAAGGGCGACAUCAAUCUGACAUUCGACGUUGGUGCUGUGGAAGUUUUCGGUUAUGAGGGGGAUUUUGUCCGUGUUGAUACUUUUAAAUAG